AGCAGAGAGACCAGAUUUUUGAUGAUGGAAGUUGAUCCAAAGAAGGAAACUGUCAUUGACAAGAAAGAGGAAGAUGUUGGAAGUGAGCAUGAUGAUAGAGAAGACUCCAAGGAAGACAAUGCAGAUGGAAAUAUAUUGAAGAGGAAGUGCAUUAGCAGUGUCUUGAUAAUGGAAGUUGAUCAAAAGAAGGAAACUGUCAUUGACAAGAAAGAGGAAGAUGUUGGAAAUGAGCAUGAUGAUAGCGAAGACUACAAGGAAGCCAAUGCAGAUGGGAAUAUUUUGAAGAGGAAGCGCAUUAGCAGUGUCUUGAAGGAUGACUUCUUGAUUCCCACUAAGGUCAUGAAUUCUGAGGUAGGUUCUCUCUUUGGUCACCAGAAUGAAAAUGGGGCAGAAGCCCAUGGGAGCCACUUUCACAGGAAUAAGAACAUAGCCAAGGUAGAGGCCGACCAAGCAGAAGUGGAGGCCAACCAGUUGGUCAGUAACCCAUCUGAAGUGGAUAGUACAGUUCAAGGUAAUCCAACAGCUGAUUCUCUGUGCCAUGAUGAUGAUGAUACUGUCUUGAAUGAUACACUUCCAAGUAAACUGUCAUCUUCAAAUGAUGACAUCAUCGAUGAUUGCAGAUUUGUACUGCAAAGCAUUGUGGACACCACCCUCCAUCAAACAGUGCAGAACAUCAAGUCAGAUGAGAACUUCGAGGUAGAGGCCGACCAAGCAGAAGAGGAUGCCAACCAGUUGGUUAGUUACACAUCUGAAGUGGAUAGUACAGUUCUAGGUAAUCCAACAGCUGAUUCUUUGUGCCCAGAUGAUGAUGAUACUCUUCCAAGUGAACUGUCAUCUUUAAAUGAUGAUAUCAUCGAUGAUUGCAGAUCUGUACUGCAAAGCAUUGUGGACACCACCCUUCAUCAAACAGUGCAGAACAUCAAGUCAGAUGAGAACUUAGACGGCACUUCAGAUACCACUGAACAACCACCUAUCAAGAAGAUAAAGCUUGCCCUUCCAUCUGACCUUCGAACCUCUAAGAACUCCUUUUCCAACUCCCCUGGUUCAGGCCCAGUCUGUCCAGAGGAAAUGGAAUCUUCUAGCAACCCAUCUGAAGUGGAUACAGUUUGUAGUACAGUUCAAGGCAAUCCAACAGCUGAUUCUCUGUGCCAAGAUGAUGAUAAUACUGUCUUGAAUGAUGCUCUUCCAAGUGAACUGUCAUCUUCAAAUGAUGACAUCAUUGAUGCCCUUCCAUCUGACCUUCAAACCUCUAAGAACUCCUUUACCAACUCACUUGUUCCAGGCCUACUCUGUAAAGAGGGAAUAGAAUCUUCUAACAACAAUAUGCCCCACCUUGUCGACACAUCUACUGCAGAUGUAAAACAACUGCCUGUCUCUGAGACCACAAACAUCAAAGCAUGCAGUAUAAAGGCCACAGUUUUGUGUGAUGACCUUAGUCUUGGCCUAUCCUCAGAAAAGGAAAGUGAAAAUGGCGACGGGGUUCUGCAAGGUGCUUCAACUGAUUCAACUGGUGUGUCUACAUCUACCCCUGAUGUGAUGGCCGAUGAAGAUAAAGACAGCACAACCGUCAUGGAACCAGCAGGAGUGUCUUCAACACUUCUUAAAACAAGCAAUGUGAGAGAAAAUGACAACCUCACAUCCAAUGAUGACCUUUCGGGAGAAGUUUGUCCGCCCACAUCUUCUCAAGAUGUGGAGUUAGGUGAGGACGUCCUGAACAUCACAUCCAAGGAUGAGUCCAAUGCUUAUUCAAGUAUUCUCAUCCAAGAUUUGUACCUUGAUGAUUCAGUGGAAUGUUCCGAACAAUCAGAAGCUAUCAAGUCAGAUUUCCAUUGCAACAAAGAAGAUGUUCGGCUCCCAUCUUCAGCCGAUGUAGAAGUAGUAAGAUCAGAAGAUGUCUAUGUAGAUGCCAUAGAGCCAUCUCUUCGAGAGGAUAUUAUGCCUUCUCCUGGAUCAAGUGGUGAUGACUUCACCUGCACCUUCCAGAAGGCAUCCCAGGUGCUUGCCAGCAGUCAGGAUGAAAUGACUUGCUGGCAUGAGUCGAGGAAAUGUGAUGACCUGUCACCCGAAGACCUUGAUCUUAUGACAACUGAAGAUCUGCAAGUAACACCUUUUGUCUCGGUCAGACAAGAGACGGUGGAUGAGGUAGUCGUAGGUGACUGGAAAGCUCUCCCUGAUGAAGAUGACAGCAUGUUAAAGGUACCAGAGAUACCUGAGGAAGGUCACCCUGAUAUCGGCCAAGAGCCACAGAUCAACCUUCAAUACGAUGAUAGUAAAGCCAAAGAAUCACCUAUGGAGGAUUCUGAGCAUCAGUUCCUGCAAGUUUUGGGGCUGUCCCCAAAACAGAAAAUGAAUAAAUGUGAAGAACAGAGGGAAUCUUGCCACAGUGCUGCCUUACCAACAUGCAAGAUGGACACUGAAUUCAAGGAUAUUGAAGCGAAAGAAGAAUAUGACCCAUGUAUUCCACUGCUACAUCCAAUAUCUGGAUAUCUUGGAUGUUCACUAAUUGAGAAUUCUAGGCGGCUUAAUUCCACUUCAAAAGUGGGGAUCGUCGCAGAAAUGAACAGGGCUGAACUGCUGUACGGGAACCUUGAAUGUUCGCCAAUUGAGGGUUCUGAGAUGGAAUCCUCUUCAAGUUUGGAGACAGCUGCAGAGCUGAGCAGGGACGAGGUGAAAGUCAACAAUGACCAGACAGUUCCUUCUCUUCAGACACCUGUACAAGACAAUCCCUGCAUUGACCAACUUCUGGAGUUGGAAGAAUCCAUCUUCACUGAACAAGAUGCCAAGCUCCAGGAUGGUCCAAUGAAACAAAGCAUUCCUGUCCUAGAGGAGGCACCAUAUAUUGAAGACGAGGAAGAUAAACCCAUUCCGGAUCACCUUCAAACCUUGGGCCAGCCCGCAGCAGGUGUUUUCCUGUGGAACCAUUCUCUUGCGGAUCCGUCCCUGACACCCUCUCUCACGCCGGAUUGUCAAAGCAACCUUCAACACGCAGCAGAAAACCUCAACCAAACCCCGCCCAUUACCCCGGUGCGCUCUCUACCAGUAUGUCAACGUAAGAGAAGGGUGGGGCUCUCAAGACGCCAGCUUGUGUACCCACUGCAUGCAAGAACAUUCUCAAGAAAAUAGGAACACACCUUCCACCUGCAUGACCACGCCCAAUAUCCUAGUACUCCUUCUAUCGGUGUACCAGCAUUGGAGGAGGUUAUAGGGCUCUCUAGCAUGUCUAUCCAUUACCUGCAAGCCCUCUCAAGAAAGUAGGAACACACCCGACCACACCCACUACCCCAGGAAGCGCUCUACCGGUGUACCAGCAUUGGAGGAGGGUGGGGCUCUCUAGCAUGUCUAUCCAUUACCU